AUGGAAGAUCCAUCAGGCUGGUCGUUGACCGAAUCUGAUCCUCAGGUGUUUACCCAACUAUUGAAAGAUUUAGGUGUGAAAGGUCUACAAGUUGACGACCUGUAUUCACUUGACGAAGCGACACUCUCCACACUCAAACCUAUACAUGCCCUGAUAUUCCUCUUCAAGUAUGUCGAACCUUCUGCGAGUGAAUCAGAGGGGACGAGUGGCGUAGAAGUAGAUCCUCUAGAUACGGGUGUAUGGUUUGCUAAUCAGGUCAUCAAUAAUUCUUGUGGUACUGUGGCUGCCUUGAACGCUGUUAUGAACAUCCCCACCCAGGAGUCUCAACAUGCCGAAGAAUCAAUAGAACUAGGUGAAGAAUUGGGUAAUUUGAGGGAAUUUGGAGCUGGUAUGGAAUCGCUAGAUCUAGGUCAUCUGAUAUCUUCCUCGCCUCAUAUCCGAGAAGUCCACAACUCUUUCUCCAAAUCUUCCCCUUUCUCAAUGGAUCCCUCCGCCUUCCCCGAAAGGGAGGAAGAAGACGCUUAUCAUUUCAUUGCGUACUUACCUAUCAAUGGGAUAUUGUACGAGUUGGACGGACUGAGGAGAAACCCAAUUAUGCAUUCACCGAUAGAUGAGGAGAAUGGCGAUUGGCUGAAUAAUGCUAGAGAGACUGUUGAAGGGAGGAUAGCGACUUAUCCACCUGGUUCGUUGAUGUUCAAUCUCCUCUGUAUUCGAUCAUCACCCCUCCCUCGACUUCAACGACAACUGAAUGAUCCCUCGACAAAUCAGACGGAGAAGUACCAAAUUCAAGAUCAACUAGAACACGAGUUGAGUAAAUCGAAUAGAGGGCAAUUGGAGAAUACCCUGAGAAGGAAUAAUUUGUUACCUGUCGUAUUUCAGUUAUUCAAGGGAUUAGGAGAGAGUGGUCUAGCUGGUAAAGCGGUGGAAGAGGCUCGUGCAAAAGGUAAAGAAAGGAGAGAAAAGAGGUUAGCUAAAGGUGAAGAAGAUGAUUGA